GCAUGCGCGUCACGGGCCACGCUAACCCCCCGCGCUAUUUAAAGGCGGCGGCCGUCGUCCGACGAGAUCACACGCUCGCUCGCUCACAUCAUUGGAGGUACGUGAGGAAGCAGGCAGCGAUGACGGGCAACUCCGCCGCGGCGGCCGCGCUGGUGGCGCUGCUGCUCGUGGCGGCGGCGUCCGGCGCCGCCGGCCUCUGCGGCAUCGACAUGCAGGCGGCGGUGGCGGCGUGCCAGUCCUACUGCAACAAGGGCAGCACGGACGCGGCGCCCAGCACGGACUGCUGCGACCAGGUGAGGAGCGCCAGGUGGAGGUGCCUGUGCAGCCUCAGGGGCAACCUCCCCAGCUACAUCGACGGCGACCGCGUCAUGCAGAUCCCCUCCAAGUGCGGGUUCGUCAACACGCCGACCUCCUGCUAGUAGAGCUAGCUGUAGCCUUGGAUCCGCCGGCCGGCCGGCCGGUGCACUCCAGUAAUGCCGCCGUCGUUAGCCACGGUCAUCGUGCCUUGCUCUCAUGCACAAGCUAGCUAAUACUUGUGGCGUGCUGCAGGGUAAUUCGUGUUCGUGCUUGUGCUCGUCAGGUUAUCCGUGUUACCUCUCGUGUUUCUUGAAUUCUUGUAACGUCCAUUACGUUGUGUGUCCACCUCAACCGUGUCACGGUAAUAAAAUUUGCUGUUUGCUUUAUUUGCA